CCCGCCCCGCCGCGGGAGGAGGAUGGGGCGGCGCGGUGGCCCCGCGCGGAGUCGGUGCCCCAUGGCGGAGGAUGUUGAUCUGAAAGCGUGUCAGGAAGCUUUGGAUGACUGCUGUCCACACCGAGGAGAUGAUCAGCUGGAACUGCAAGAGGAGGAGGAGAAAGACAUAAAUCAAAGCAACCGCAACCAUGUAGAUUCCCUUCUCUCCCUCGAGGGCUAUUUACAGCUUCUGUCAUCGCAGAUGGAAAACAUGCUAGAGGUGAGCUUACUGGAAGAUACACAAGUUGCUACUUCUAGUAGAGGUCAGAACCCAUCAUCCUUACACCACAAUAUAAAUUUGACCCAGACACUUCACGACUAUUUCAGUCCUCCUGAUGCCAUGCUACUAAGAACAGACUACCCAACUCAAUCAAAUUCAAAACCAAGACAUUUACAAAGGCAAGAGUCUUUUCCUCAGUCAAGUUCUAAUAUCACAAAUCCAGAAUCACUACUUCAUGGGCCAAAUUUGACAGGGCUGGUUUCAGCAGCUGACCUUAGAAACCUAACAGCCCAUGAUGAUAAUUUUGAUGAAAUUAAACUCAUGUCUUUGGCUUUGGAUGAAGACUUUGGUCCUAUAGAAAUUUCUCAGAUCUUUGAAGAGUCUGGCUCAGAUUUGGGACUAUCUUUGAAUUCAAGUCACAGUACCACCUCUUAUUCAGUCUGCUGUGAAGAUGCUGUUGGGUACAGCAGUGGUGUUAAAUCUGCUCCUUCACAUGGCGUAGGAGCUGUUGAUGGCCAUUGCAAAGAAAACACUAAAUAUGACCAUGAGGAAUAUCCAGGUGAUGCUGAGUGUCCUAGAGAAGCCACGCUUCAGCAGUUUCUUCAUAACCACACUUACAAUCAGCUGCCAAGUCAAGGAGCACCCGCUCCAGGGCAUCAACAGUCAUGGAUGAAGAAAUCGAACAAGGUAAAGGAUAGGUGCCAUAAUUCUACUGAUUCAAACCAUAGCAGUGAUGAAUGCUCUGCCAAAGCUCCGAAAAUACCGUUUUCAAACGAUGAAGUUGUGAGCAUGCCUAUUGACUCUUUCAACACCAUGCUAGCGAAGAACCAGCUGACAGACACUCAGGUAUCACUUCUACGUGACAUCAGACGAAGAGGAAAAAACAAGGUAGCUGCCCAAAAUUGCCGUAAACGCAAACUAAAUGCAAUUCUUGACUUGGAAGAAGAUGUGUGUAAUCUUCAAACUCAAAAGGAGAGCCUUAGAAAGGAGCACUCUCAGUGUAGCCGAUCAAUCAGCCAGAUAAAGCAAAAAUUAAACAACUUGUACUGUGAUAUUUUCAGUAGACUGAGGGAUGACCAGGGUAGACCUGUUAACCCACACCAAUAUGUCAUUCACUGCAGUAAUAAUGGUAGUGCUUUCAUAAUACCCAAACACUUAGUCAAAUCUGAACAGAAACAAGAUACCACAAAAGCGCAGAAACAAAGAUAAAACAGCUGAAGAUCAACUAGGUUUUAUUUUGCCUGGAAGAACAGGGAGACUUGUGUGAAAACUGGAGGUCAGUGAUUACAGUAGUUCAAACAGAAACAACUAUACUUGAGGAGAAACACUUCACAUUCAAAAGUCUGUCAAACUCACCUGACUGGGAUCUGUUAGAAAGUCUAAAAGCUGAGGCUUCUGAAUGAGGAAAUCAGAGUUUUAGUCAGAAUUAAAGGAGCUAGCCCAUCAGUGUAGGUGUAGUUUUAUAUACCUAUGUUAAAACCAGGAAUUUCAUUGCAGGUGAUGGGGGGAGAGGGGAGAACAUCAGUGGGGGGGAUAAAAGCCAGCUUUAGAUCAAAGUUAGACAUGCAAGAAAAAUGUGUUUUAGUCUUGAGUACUUGAUUCUUCAUACAGAAAGUGACCUUAUUUUAUUCUCUAGCACUGAAAGAAAAAUUGUAGCUCUAGUGCAUCUCCAACUUAAAUUCACUGUGGAUUCCCAUAUUCUCAAGAGAUAAUCUGUGCUUUGCAUUUGUUCAGAACUGUUCUGCUUUUCCUAGUUUUCCGUUGAGAAGAGAGGCCCAGGAGGCUACUGUAUUUUUCCUCACUACUUUCAUCAUCACAGCUUCAAGCAAAGAUAAUGUACCAAUUAAUUUUACAACUCAAAUGAUCAAUCUGCAAAUAGAUUUUCUAUGAAAAACUGUCUGAUUCAGUAUUGUCUUACCUUCGUCCUCUGCAACUGAAUCAUUCUCAGCUUUCUUUCAUGAAAACAACUGAUGGUGAACAAGUUCCCAUUCUGCUUCCUAGUGACUGGGAUAUAUUUACUUGUGUACCUCCCCUUUUCUCACCGUUUUGAUACCUUCAAGGAGAAGUACUAGUUUUUCUUUUUGGCUUUAUUAAACUGGUAUUUUUUAGUGUCUUCAAUGUUACAGAUUUUUUUUUUAAUAUUUUCCCUAAUCUUUAAAGUAAAUUAAAUUGAACCAAAUUACUGUUUAUCUGUACUUCUGACUAUAUGAGUUUACAUUGAUAGCACUGUGAAUGAAGUUUUUGGUUUGGACAUUUCUUUCUUUGUGCUAUGAAAAAGAAGACACUUUAUUCACUCACAUACUUACAACAUCCUGUCCUUUACUAUUUUACAACCUGAAAAGGUUGCAAAAAGAGAUGGCCUAAAAGGCAUGUAAUGAAUGACUAGGAAGGAAUAUUGAGGUAUAGUAGUCUCUAAGGUAUGAAAAUAAAUACUAACAUCUAGAUAGCACAAAUAAAUUUUUAUAUAUUUUAUAAGCAAAACAUAAAAUUGGUGUUAAAAAAAAUUCUCAUUGGUCAUGGCAUAAUGACAAUGGAGCAAAUUUACAGUCAGGUAUGUUAAAAAAUUGCUUGUACCAAACACAUAAGAACUACAUAUACAAGCUUAAAUGCCAAAUUAUACCUUUUGAAAAAAACUGCCCUUACCACGUAAAUCAUGUUGGUUGCUUGCACUUAUGUUUAAAGAAAAUUGAUAGUUUAUCAAGUGAUAUUUUCUAAAAAAAGGAGCACUGACUCAGUGCCAAGGGCACUGGAUUAUCAAUAAUGAAAUCAGCCUGUUUGAACAAUUUGCUUAGCAUUUUAUAUUAAAAGAUUUCUUUCAAAUAAA